AUGAUGAUGGAUUCCCAAGAAUUCGUCAAGAGAUGCAAGAAGUGCCAAGAGAACGCUAACUUUCAUAAGACCCCGGUAGCCGAGCUAAGCUUGCUAAUGGCCUCCCGACCUUUCAGCCAGUGGGGGAUUUACCUCUUGGGACCCUUCCCGAUAGGCCCUGGACAGGUUAAAUACCUGAUUGUGGUUGUUGAUUACUACACAAAGUGGGUCGAAACGGAGCCGCUGGCCAGCAUUUCAUCAGCAAACUAUCAGUCCGUGAUAUCGGACAAUGGAAUGCAGUUCGUGGACAAGAAGUUUAGGGAGUUUCUCAUAGGCCUAGGGAUAAAACAGAUGUUCUCGUCAGUGGAGCACCCACAGACCAAUGGCCAAGUUGAAGCUGCAAACAAAGUCAUCCUCCAAGGCCUCAAGAAGGGACUCGACCAGAAGAAGGGAGUGUGGGUAGAUGAACUCACGGAAGGGAAGCUUGUGACUAAUUGGGAAGGACCAUAUAGAGUGAAGGAGGUGGUCGGCAACGGGGCUUACAAACUGGAACGUCUAGAUGGGAAAGAGGUACCCCGAACAUGGAACGUGGCAAAUUUGACAAGUUUAGCGCGGUUACCGCUUCACGGGACUGAUCACCCUGGGAGCCAACGACACCGUGAACACUACAUUAAGCGGCUACAAAAGUAA